AUGAUUUUGGAAGUUGGGAGAGUUAUGAUGAUCUGGAAUCAGUGGUCCUAUAGGGAAAUAUACCGGAAUUUGGGGGUGGAGACAUGGUGGUUUACGGGAAUUAGGGCCGAGCAUGGUUUUGAUAAGAUUGUUGACAAUGACGCGCCCAUGUUUCCCCGUCCCAACUUCUUCCAAGGAUCUCUCCUUAACUUUGCCGAAAAUCUCCUUUACCCCGCCAAUCUCAGCAUCGAUCCUGAUUCUCCAGCUAUCAUUGCUGCCACAGAAUCCACUCGUUCCACCGUUUCAUGGGCAGAACUUCGAGAAGAAGUUCGUAAAUGUACCAAUGCUCUAAGAAAACUCGGUGUUAAACCUCAUGACCGAGUUGCUGGUUUCGUGGGAAAUCAUACCAAUACCGUUGUAGCUAUGCUUGCUGCUGCGUCUAUAGGAGCAAUCUGGACAGGUGUCAGUCCUGAUACGGGAGUUGCAGCUGUUUUGGAUCGAUUGGUUCAAAUUGAGCCGGUGGUACUUUUUGCUGAUAAUGGCGUUGAGUAUAAUGGAAGAUUUCAUGAGAGUUUGAGUAAAGCACGUGAAAUUGUGAAGGAAUUAAAGGGGCUUAAACGAUUGAUUAUUUUUGAUACUGUGGAUUUACCAAUCAAGAUUGAAGGCUUUGACGUUGAGGGUGGAAAGGCCGAGACUUAUGAUGAGUUUUUGAAAAGGUAA